AUGGAUGGAAUGCUCGUUCGACAACCGUCAGACACGUUCGGGGUGAUCGUGGCACCUGAUAUGAAUCGAUUUACGGCUGGGACUAGGGAGACGACAAGGACGUCACCCUUCGAGAUGAUUUUGACGACUCGUAGACUCUUAGUUCGUGAGCUGAGAGUAGCUGCCGCUG